AUGAAGACUAAUAUUAGAGUAACUACAGGUGCAAAAAAGGAAAUGCAAGGACAAAACCUCACCGUUUGGAGUUUUUUUUUCCUGGAAGGUUUUUCUAGAUACCCAAAGUUAGAGAUUGUUCUCUUCGCCUUCAGUCUUGUGAUGUAUCUGAUAACCCUCCUGGGCAAUGGCACUCUUAUUUUAAUCACUGCCCUAGAGUCACGCCUUCAAACCCCCAUGUACUUAUUCCUUGGAAAUCUCUCCUUCAUGGAUAUUUGUUACACUUCUGCUUCUAUUCCCACUUUGCUGGUGAACUUGCUGUCAUCCCAGAAAACCAUUGUCUUUUCCGGGUGUGCUGUACAGAUGUAUUUGUCCCUUGCCAUGGGCUCCACAGAGUGCGUGCUCCUGGCCGUGAUGGCGUAUGACCGCUAUGUGGCCAUUUGCAACCCACUGAGCUACCCCGUCGUCAUGAACAGGCAGGUCUGCGUGCUGAUGGCCGCUGUCUCCUGGGUGACGGGCUGUCUGACCGCCCUGCUGGAAACCGCCUGCGCCCUGCAGAUUCCCCUCUGUGGGAAUCUCAUUGAUCACUUCACGUGUGAAAUUCUGGCCGUGCUGAAGUUAGCUUGUGCACGCUCCCUGCUCAUGGACGUGAUCAUGCUGGUGGUCAGUGUGCUCCUCCUGCCCAUCCCAAUGCUCUUAAUUUGUGUCUCCUAUGUCUUCAUCCUUUCCGCUAUUCUGAGAAUCAGCUCAGCAGAGGGAAGAAACAAAGCUUUUUCUACCUGUGGUGCCCACUUGACGGUGGUGAUCCUGUACUACGGGGCUGCCCUCUCCAUGUACCUAAAGCCUUCUUCCUCAAGCUCACAAGAAGUGGAUAAAGUCAUCUCCCUGCUUUAUGGAGUGCUCACCCCUAUGUUGAACCCCAUAAUUUACAGCUUAAGAAACAGAGAAGUCAAAGAUGCUGUGAAAAAAAUUAUUGUAUCCAACACAUGA